AUGGGUAAAAAGACAAAAGUAGGAAAACAGCGGAAAGAUAAAUAUUAUCAACUAGCGAAGGAAACGGGUUACCGUUCAAGAGCUGCCUUUAAAUUGAUUCAAUUAAAUAGAAAAUUUGGGUUUUUGCAAAAAUCACGAGUAUGUAUCGACUUAUGUGCAGCACCAGGUGGUUGGAUGCAGGUGGCACAUCAGAACAUGCCCCUGUCCAGUGUGGUCAUUGGAGUAGAUUUGUUUCCUAUCAAACCAGUUCCGGGUUGUAUAGGCCUGACUGAAGAUAUUACAACAGAAAAGUGUAAAUCUGCCAUUAAGAAGGAAAUUAAAACAUGGAAAGCUGAUGUUGUUCUUCAUGACGGCGCUCCCAACGUUGGUUUAAAUUGGAUCCAUGAUGCAUACCAACAAGCUUGCCUCACUUUGAGUGCGUUGAAACUGGCAACAAAUUUCUUAAGAGAUGGUGGCUGGUUUGUCACCAAAGUGUUUAGGUCAAAAGAUUAUCAUGCAUUGUUAUGGGUCCUCAAACAAUUUUUCAAGAAGGUUCAUGCUACAAAACCUCAGGCAUCACGUAAUGAGUCAUCAGAAAUUUUUGUUGUAUGUCAGGGUUAUAUUGCUCCUGAUACCAUUGAUCCCAAAUUCCUUGACCCCAAACAUGUAUUUGAAGAUUUAGAAAUAGUGAAAAAACAACACAUGAAUAUUCUGCAUCCUGAAAAGCAAAAGAAGGCUAAAGCUGAAGGUUAUCAAGAAAAUGAUUAUACCACUCAUCAUAAGGUGUUAUUGUCACAGUUUUUGGAUCCAGACCAAGAUCCUAUUGAUUUACUUCAGGGCUGUUCUGAAAUUGUAAUAGAUGUUAAGGAUGUUGCUGAACAUCCUAAGACUACUGCAGAAAUUAAAGAAUGUUGUAAAGAUAUCAAAGUCCUUGGGAGGAAGGAUUUAAAAGCCCUAUUAAGUUGGUUCAAACAAAUGAAAGAAUUAAAAUCCUCACAGAGUAAGGUUGAUGAAAAAGAGAGAAGUGAUGAGGAAUCACAAGAGGAUGUUGAUGCGGAUAAGAAAAUAGAAGACGAAGAUGAUGUAGAUGGAGAAAUUGCUGGAUUACAGGAUGAAGAAAGACGCCAGUCGAAGCGAAAAAGGAAACAGUUAAAUAAGCAAAGACAAAAACUAGCUGAAAAAAUGAAUCUAAAAAUGGUACUGAAAGGUGAUGAUGGACCUAUUUUGGAAAGUAAUGACAUGUUCAAACUGUCUGACAUUAAGAAUGCUGAGGAGUUGGCACGAAUGGUAGACCAGCAACCAGAUAUACUUGCAGAACCCAGUGAUGAUUCAGAUGAUGAAUUAAAGGUAAAACGCAAAUAUAUGAAAUAUGACACAGAAUCAUCUAAAUUGGAUUCUUCAGGCCUUUAUUACAAAGAUUCUGAUAGUGAGCUGGAAUUAGAGUCCGAUUCUGAUGCUGAGCAAGAUAAAGAGUCAUUAGCAUUCUCAGAUUCAGAUACAGAAAAUAAAAAAAUUAAUAAAAUUACAAAACUCAAUACGUUGCGCAACAGCCAGGUGCCGAAAUCGACGACUAUACCUAAGAAUCAUCCUUUGUUAACUGAUUUGGAUAAAACAGAUCCUGUAUCUAAACGCUCUAAGAAGGCAGAGUUAUGGUUUCAAAAAGAUAGUUUUAAAGAUAUUAAUGAAGAUGAAGAUGAGGGUGUUGAUUUAGACAAGUUGGUAGAAACCUACAAAGAAAAAGGAAAAAAAGUUGCUGAAGAAACCAUUUCCAAUAUCACAAACAGCACCAGUCGAAAAAGGAAAUUGGAAGAUGAAAGCUCAGAUGAUGAUUCUUCUGAAAGCGAUUACGAUGUUGAGGAGAGUGUUGUACCAACUAGUGGAAAUCCUAGUGCCAAGGCAAACAAAAAGGAUGGAUUUGAAGUUGUUUCCCAAGAUGCAGACUUAAAAAGGCUGAAGAAGAAUUUAAAAAUGGAUGCUGAAACUUUGGCUCUUGGCACAAUGAUAGCAACAUCGAAGAAAUUUAAAAGGGAUCUCAUAGAUGAUGGCUGGAAUAGAUAUACUUUCAAUGAUAAAAACUUACCAGAUUGGUUUGUAGAGGAUGAAAAGAAACAUAUGAAAAAACCAGUCAUAGUACCAGAGAAAUACACUGAAGAAUACAAGAACCGAUUGCAAGAUAUAAACGCACGACCUAUUAAGAAAGUCAUAGAAGCUAAAGCUAGAAAGAAGAAGCGUAUGAUCAAGAAAAUGGAGCGUGCUAAGAAGAAGGUCGAGGCUGUGAUGGAAAACGCCGACAUGUCAGAAAGGGAAAAAUCGCAACAAAUAAAACAACUUUACAAAAAGGCGCAGACAGACGGGAAGAAAAAAGUAACAUAUGUGGUAGCUAAAAAACAUAAUACCGGUAAGCGAAUGAAACGACCUCAAGGAGUUAAAGGACAUUACAAGGUAGUCGACCCUCGCAUGAAGAAAGACAUGCGCGCUCAAAAGGCCAAGGAAAAAACUAAAGGUCGCGGUAAAAAGGUCAAAUCUUCUAAAACGAAUAAAACGCCUCCAAAGAAGAAAGGCAUGAAAGCUAAAUAA